CGCGGCGCGGGCCGGAGCCGGCGCGGGACGAUGCUGCGGCUGGGGUCGCUGAAGUUGGGGCGGUUGUACCGCUACGUGAAGCUGGCGGUGCUGGGCAGCCUGGCGGCGGCGCUGGUGCUGAACACGCACUCGCUGCUGGCCUCGCUGCAGCGCAACGAGCUGGCGGAGCGGCGCUUCCUGCAGCUCAAUAAGUGCCCGGCCUGCUGGGGCACCAGCUGGUGCCGCAAGUUCCUCAACGGGCAGCUGCGCCUCGAGAGCUGGGGCCGCCUGCGCCUGCUGGACGUCUUCAACGUGAAGAACGUGUACUUCGCGCGCUACGGGGAGCCCCGCGAGGGCAGCCGCCGCGUCGUGCUCAAGCGCCUCGGCUCCGCUCAGGAGCUGGCCGACAUCGACGCCAAGAUCUGCCGCCGCGCCACCGGCAGGGGCCGCUGCGACCUGCUGCAGGCCCUGCCCGCCACUGAGUUCGCCAGCCUCAACGGCGACGUGCGCCUCCUCACCCCCGCUGCCGUGGAGGGCUGGUCGGACCUGGUGCACUGCCCCUCGCAGCGCCUGCUCGACCGCCUGGUCCGCCGCUACGCCGAGACCAAGGACUCGGGCAGCUUCCUGCUGCGCAACCUCAAGGACGCGGAGCGCAUGCAGCUGCUGCUCACCCUCGCCUUCAACCCCGAGCCGCUCGUGCUGCAGAGUUUUCCAUCUGAUGAGGGCUGGCCAUUUGCUAAAUACCUAGGAGCAUGUGGAAGAAUGGUGGCUGUCAACUAUGUUGGAGAAGAACUAUGGAGUUACUUCAAUGCACCAUGGGAAAAACGAGUGGACCUGGCCUGGCAGUUAAUGGAAAUAGCAGAGCAACUGACUAACAAUGACUUUGAAUUUGCACUCUACCUCCUUGAUGUUAGUUUUGACAACUUUGCAGUUGGACCUAGAGAUGGGAAGGUUAUUAUUGUAGAUGCAGAAAACGUUCUGGUGGCAGACAAAAGGUUAAUCAGACAAAAUAAACCUGAAAACUGGGAUGUGUGGUACGAAAGCAAGUUUGAUGACUGUGAUAAGGAAGCUUGCCUGUCCUUUUCAAAGGAGAUUCUUUGUGCUCGUGUCACUGUGGACCACAAUUAUUAUGCCAUUUGUCAGAACCUUUUAUCAAGACAUGCCACAUGGCGUGGCACUUCUGGAGGACUACUUCAUGACCCUCCAGCUGAAAUUGCCAAAGAUGGCCAACUUGAGGCCUUGCUGGAUGAGUGUGCCAACCCAAAGAAGCGAUACGGUAGAUUCCAAGCUGCAAAAGAACUACGUGAAUACCUUGCACAACUGAGUAAUAAUGUGAGGUAGUUCAUGGUGAAGCUCCUGUUUUGUAACACUGGCUAUAAGACUGUCGCAAAGACGCAUGGAAAAGUGAGGUCUCGAACUUACGUAGUCAAAAGGGAACUUAAAAGAAUUAAAGUAGCUGAUCAAUUGUAUAAAUGCCAUAAUUCAUUUUAUGGUGUUUUGAUGGUGUUCCUCUCCAAACUGACAAGGUACUUACCGAAUUAAAACUUGAGCUACUAUUGACUGUUCUCCCUCAUUGUUAAAGAGGGGAGUCGGAUGAGAAAGACUUAUAGCUUAACUGACAGCUUGUUCAUCAAAGGAUACUUUACAUAAAACUGCAUUAGUAUUACAGUUUUGUGAAGUUGAUGCUUUUACUUGGAAAGUCAUAUUAGACUGGCCUGUUUUAAAGGCCUUUUCCUGAUGUCAUUGUUUCCAUUUUUGUGUUUAAACGCUUUUUAAGUAGCAUUUACAAACAUACAGGUAAAUCUAGGUGUUUGCAUUGUUUCAGACUUAACAAGCUUUUUUUUAAUGCUGUGCAGUACAUUUUUACUGUGAGCACAGGAUUCCCAUGUUUACUGUCUAAUCUUAUUUCUUUUCACUGUAUUGUGUGUGUAUUUUUUUAAAGGAUAUGGGCAUAAAAAGAUUCAAAUGUCCUAUGAACCAUAUUUUGACUUUCGUAAUUUUGCCUCUGCAGAUAUCACUUAAUGUAAUUACUGUACAAAUUUUCAACCCUCAAUGCCAGUUUCUACACAUGGCCGGCCAUUCAGCAGGAAAUCAUAGAAUGAACAAAUUUGCUUCUCAUAGUGAUGGUAACUUGAGGCCGGAGGGGAGAAUAAUGGUAUAAAUCAAACUUAACUUGAGGAUAGGAGCUUGACUAGAAGUUUCACAAUCCAGUGUAGUAAAGCAUAAACCAAAGAAAAUGUUUAUGUGUACAAGUCUCUAGACUAGUUCUUAAAGCAAAAUUAUGUACUAUAGCAGCACUAAUCUUUUUGGAAAUUAAAGUUUCACUGGGUCCCUAGUUACUGUUUGCAGGACUCUUAAACUACUAGUUAAUGCCUGAGAGAAACCCAAAUUUAAACUUUAAGAAAUGUUUACCAGGUUAGCAUUUGUUCUGCAUCAUUCACAGUUCUGUUGAAUUCAGUACAAUGAAACUUACUGAAUGUUCACCCAUGGUUUUAACAGUUAAACGUAUGUAGUGUUCACUGUUGACCCUUCUUUGAAUUAAGUUUGACUCUUUCAAUUGCAGUUGGAAUGGUCUUGUAAUGGUUAGUGUAAACCUGAGAUUGCUCCCAUAAAUCAGAAUUUGCAUAAAAUAUCAAUCUUGGCCAUGUGACUGACUUUUUUGGAAGCUUGCUUGGUUUUGGUUUUCUUCUAUACAAUUACUGCUAAACUAUUUAAUGUACUUGAAGUCUUGCUUAUAUUCCUAAGCAAAUACUUGUGGGGAGAAGCUUUUGUAUAUUUUUGAUUACUUGAGCAAUUACAAAGGAAGGUAACAGUUCUAUAAGACCAAGGUUUUGGCUAAUUUACAAGUUAGGAUGAGAUGCACUAUUUUUCAUGACACAGCCAGUGACCAUCAAAAGCUGCAUCAAAAGACAACUAGAAAUUGCUGCUGAAAAAAUAGCUGUAAAAGGAAAAAAAGGCAAAAUGAGGACAGCAAGGUAUAAAACCAGGUUGUUGACUAGCUUUAGAAGUUGGAACAAGAUGGUAUGCACUACCAUUCAUGACAAAGCCAGCCUGACUGUCAGAAGCUACAUCAGAAGAUAAGUAGAAAUUGCUGCUGAACCAUAUUUCCCUAAACAAGUGAAGAUAACAGCAAAUUGUCAUUCAAAAUUGGUUAAUUUUUAAAUCU